AUGAAAUCGGCCAGGAAACAAAGGGAAGCCGGAAGUAAAACAAUGGGAACACAAUUAGAGUUUACAGAUUCGUGUGUAAAAAUUCAAAUAAAAGACUGUACACCCGGCACACAGCUUAUCAACCCCUGCACCUGUAAUUCCUAUUUUGAGUGUGAUACAAAUUUCAAUAUUGUGAACCGGACAUGUGCAGCGGGGACUCUCUACGAUCACAUCACUAACGGGUGUAAUACUGCAAUCAAUGUAGAGGUCAAAGGAAUAUGCAGAACUCAUGAACCAUGGCUUCAGUGCUUGAAUGAGACAGGAGCUGAUAUUCGGAUGCUGGCACAGAAAUGUGGAGGUUCUUAUGUCUCAUCAACAACACAGGCGAUGACACCGCCCCAAGGGGAAGGAUCAGAUGGUGGCACAAACACUGGUCUGAUCGUAGGGGUUGUAGUGGCAUGUACUUUACUGGUGGUUGUUCUUGCCAUCGUCGUCUAUUACUGGUACAAACGUCAAAAGAAAGCACCGAAAAAAUUGAGAGAUCAUCAGGACAGUAUCAAUAAUCCCAGUUAUUUCAACAAGAUCGAGCGCAUAGACAGCGUGUAUGCACAGAUAGACGACAACAUGAAUAACCCUGUGUAUAACACGAACUCACUGGCGAGUACACGUCCUCCUCUACCAGGCAACAGACCUUCAACUCAGUCACCGACAGGAGGUGAUGUAAACAGUCUCGAUUCGAACGACAAGGACAAAACCCUUGAUCUUGAUAUAGCCUACGUGGAACCAUCAGUAAGUGUCAACACCCCCAAGGUGUCACGAACCUCGGAAACAAUGGACUCCUCCCAUGGUUCUGUGUAUUCCGAGGUUCUGGAUCCGGAACCAACUUUUAAUGAUAUUUCUACUCCGUAUGACAACUCAUGGCAAUCAUAG